GUUGAAAGACAUAUAGAGCUAUGAGCUUAAAAUGUUAAGAUAGAAAAUUGAUUCAGAUCCCAAGUUGAUGCCUUUGCAGGACAAAUUGUGAGCAUGCGCACUGCAUCUGUUCUGAGGACGGGAGGAGGACAUCACGGUAAAACGUAGAAGCUGCGAAGCAGCGCAAUUUUUUACACGCCGAGAUUUGGUUUCACCGCUGCGGCAAAAACACUCCCGUGCUUCUGACGCGGCAGAUGACUAUGCCCGGUACAGCGUUAAAGUGCCGGAUGUCUACCUGACAGGCCUGGCCGAGGUCUGGGCCGUUACUCGGGAGGAGAAAUUUAUUUCUUCAUAUGGGAGAAGCAUGCGGGAAAUGGUCGGAGGCUGCUGCGUGUGUUCAGACGAGCGAGGCUGGGCUGAGAACCCGCUGGUGUACUGUGAUGGACACGGCUGCAGCGUCGCCGUUCACCAAGCGUGCUACGGCAUUGUCCAGGUUCCCACCGGCCCGUGGUUCUGUAGGAAGUGUGAGUCACAGGAACGAGCAGCACGAGUAAGAUGCGAACUGUGUCCCCACAAGGAUGGAGCCCUUAAAAGGACAGACAGUGGCGGCUGGGCCCACGUUGUGUGCGCGCUCUACAUCCCUGAGGUGCAGUUUGCCAACGUUCUCACCAUGGAGCCCAUCAUCCUGCAGUAUGUCCCACAUGAGAGAUACCUCAAGACGUGUUACAUCUGCGAGGACCACGGGAGGGAGAGCAAGGCGGCCUGUGGAGCCUGCAUGACCUGCAACAGGCAGGGCUGCAGACAGGCUUUUCACGUCACCUGUGCUCAGAUGGCUGGUCUGCUGUGUGAGGAAGAAGGCCCAGAAGCCGACAACGUUAAAUACUGUGGUUACUGCAAGCAUCACUACAACAAGAUGCAGAAGAAGUUGCGCUCAAGCGAAAAUGCUAGUAGCUCCUUCAGUCAUCCCAGGGGGCGCUCCAGUUCUCCAUCGCAGGAAAAACAUCACCACCAUAAACAGAGGAAGGUAAACAACUCUUUGGUCUGAUUUAGUUUGAGUAACUUGGUAUUUACUAACCACCUGCAAUAUCUCUCCCCUCAGUGUAAAGUCACUUUGUUUUUUUUCCUCUACUCUUUGACAGAGAUGGAUUGAAACAACUUAAGUGAAACUUUUGCUAUAAAAAUAGUGAGGCCAGUCGGUAAUUAAUGCCAAUCAGUGAGAUCAAUAAUUAAGAAUCUAUAUAGAUUAUUGAAAAAGACGCAAAACAAAGCAGGAGAAGGAAUGUGUUCAAUCAGUUUAUUUAUGUAGAGCCUGAUCAGUGGAGAGAAACGCUUUCCCUUUCGCAGAAAUAAAUCUAACAUUUGAAAUCAACGUGCUAGAAAAUAUUU